AUGGCAAAUCAUCCGAAGAAGAAUCAAUUGAAGCGCAACGAACGCGAACGCAAGCGAGUUCAUCAGGUCAACGACGGUUUCGAUUUGUUGCGCACGCGGUUGCGUCCGGCUGCGGCGGCGAAUAAGAAAUUGAGCAAAGCCGAUACUCUGAGAGAGGCCGUGAACUAUAUCAAACAUUUGCAGGAGUUGCUGAGCCAGUCGCAAGGUUAGUUAGGUUUUACCUUAGGCUUAGGCCUAGCCGUAGGCUUAGGCUCAGGCUUAGGUUUACCUUUUAGCCUUAGGCUUAGGCUCAACCAAGACCUUAGGCUUAGGCUCAACCAAGGGCUUAUUUUCUUUUAGCCUUAGGCUCAACCAAGAUCUUAGGCUUAGGCUCAACCAAGAUCUUAGGCUUAGGCUCAACCAAGACCUUAGGCUUAACCUCAACCAAAACCUUAGCCUUAGGCUUAACCAAGACCUUGGACAUAGGCUUACCUUUUAGCCUUAGGCUUAGAUCACCCUAAUUUUCUCGAUUUUCAGAUCUGUCCUACGCUUCCACAAGCACCAAUAAUUUCUUCCACGUCAAGCAAGAGUUCGACGCCUAUUUCCCGCCGCAAUUUGGCACAACUGCACCCGAUUCUUCGCAAUUCAAUGCUCAUCAAUCUAGCCAACAACAACAAUACACAAGUCCCUCAUCAUCAUCCAACAAUUCCACGUAUUCGCCACCGCCAACUCAAAUCUACUAUUCACCAAAUCACACCCAAACAUCUUAUUAUCAUCAAAAUUCACCGUAG